GACCCUCCGUUGAUGAGUGGUGCGUCGUGGUGGUGUGGAAACUGGAAAGUGCGCCAGGGAUCGCCCUGUCCCCUCUCGUCGUGUAAACAAUCUUCGCGGACCUAGAAGACCGAGACCCGGGAUUUUGGCCCCGCACCGCGGAAAAGCUCCGAUCGAAAGAUGGCGUCUUCGACGGAAAAGAAAUCCGAAAACAUCCCAAACGGCAAAGUAGAGACCGGAGCACACACGAAGAACUCAACCUCUCCACUCAAAAACCAAAGCUCACCCGAUAAAGGCCGAACUUCGCCGGACAAGGGCCGAACCUCGCCAGACAAGGGCCGGACCUCGCCAGACAAAGGCCGGACCUCGCCGACGAAAGGCGGAACCUCUCCGCAAAAAGACGGCGGCGGCCCUCCUCCGAAGAACCAACCGCCUGAAAAAGGCCGUACCUCGCCGACCAAAGGCCAGCCUCUGCAGCCGAAAAACGGCGACCGGGGGAACGCGCAGAAAAGCACGAGUCCGACCAAAGAAACGGCCAAAAACGAAAAGAGGCCCGAGGGAGCCAAGAAAAGCGAACCUGGCCGACCCGGCAGGGACAAGUCUCAGGGACCAAAAGCCACCAAAACGGGACCAACCAAAGAACCCUCGGCUGCUUUCAAGGAGAAAUUUGCACUAUUCUCAAAAUUCGGGGACACGAAAUCUGAUGGAAAGUUGAUCACACUUUCUCAAAGCGACAAAUGGAUGAAACAAGCCAAAGUAGUCGAUGGAAAGAAGAUCACGACGACCGAUACUGCAAUCCAUUUCAAGAAACUAAAGUCGAUGAAAGUCUCACUGAAGGAUUACAACCAGUUCAUAGAGGACCUGGCCAAGACGAAGGGAGUCGAGGCAGACGAAAUUCGAAAUAAACUGGCCGAUUGCGGGGCACCCGCCGUCGGUGGAGCAGGGGCCGAGAAUAAAAAGGUUGAGGCAACCGUGAAUCGAUUAACCGAUGUUUCAAAAUACACCGGAUCGCACAAACAACGUUUCGAUGAAAGCGGGAAAGGAAAAGGGAUCGCAGGCCGAAAAGAUGUCCCGGACUCCUCUGGCUACGUCCACGGAUACCAAAACAAAAAUUCGUACAACAAAACGCAUUAGCCCCUCCUUGGCUCUUAAUGCUUAAAUUUGUAACAUAUAUGAUCUCUCGAAUCUAGAUAAUUUUUGUUAUUUUUACUGUUCUCAGACUUUUUUCGUACUUGUGAUUUACACUUGUAUCACUCUCACUUCUAAGUGUUGAGAAGUCAUACGCGAAAACUAAUCGAUGCUGAAACUAAUUAAGUGGGGAUUCUCUUUAUGCAACGCUGGAUUUCGUCCAUUCAGAUGCGUGUUCAAGAAAUCGAUAGCUUUGGCCUGACUGUUGAGAUACCAAUUUCCUUUGUGGUGUUUCAAAUUCUCUAUUCCUAUUGAUUUUAGUAUCAAAUUUAUAGAGAAUAGUCUUGAAGGACUUCAGAAAAAUCACGACAAAUUUUGUGCGAGAACGGUGAUUGGCAGUCAUUUUUGAGUGUGAAAAAAAAAAAUAAAAAAAUAAAUAAAUAAACGAAAAACUUGUGGAGUCCUGAACCACGUUGUUUUGUAGCUCAGCGGUCUCUUUAAUAAAAUCGAUAGACCAAGCGAUCGUCAAAGAAGACAAAAAGGAAUGGGUGUGCCGCGGAUUGCCCUUACGUGGUCUAUUAAUUGGCCGUAUCUCUGCAAAACGGAACUAUGUGCAUUAAGACAUGAGCCCUGAAACCUAUAAGAAUACAUGCGUAAUAGGGCUCACGACAUAAUGCACGUAGUUCCGUUUGACAGAAAUACGUCCAAUUACCUCCUUGGUCCAUUGCAACUGCCCGCCUCCACCGAUUGAUCGCUCCGUUUCCCCCUGUAUUCUUUGUCUAUCACUUUGUCUAUCAAUUUCAAUAAUUAGACCACUGAGCUACAAAACCGCGUGAUCUAAGACUUGUUAGUUGUUCUUUUUUAUUUUUUUGCCAGGCUUCACAGUCUAAACUGAUCACCGUUUUUUCUCAAAAUGCGUAAUUUGUUUAAUUCUUUUAAGAAGAUACUCUCAAAAUUCCGAACGAAAGUGCAAAUUAAUAUUCUAUCGAAAUAGAAUUGGAAAUUUUGAAAAAUCCCAAUAGAGCUUGGUACUUCCGUAUUCUCGCCGUGUCGUUACCUACGUUUUUCUAUUCCGUUUUCGUUCUCUUUUAAAAUCCGACCAAAACAAUAUCAAUUUUUGCAAGCUGGCAACGAUGGGUUGCAUCCAAUUUUUUCAGUAAAACAAUCGAUGUUGAUUGGGAGAUUAGAUAGAGAGAUAGAAUCGAUUAUAUAUACUGAAUCAAACGGAGGAAAAACAUUGUUAUCAAUUGGUAAACACCGCCACAGGACCAAAUUAUGAAAUAAUGAAAGCCGUGAUAAGAGAAUCUUUCAUACAUCCCUUUAGAUGCACCUCGUAAUUGAAAGUUUUGAUAUUUAAUUUGGACCCAGAAAGUACACAGAGUAUCUUGAAAAUAUUCGUAUUGCUUCCCUGACACGUACUAAUGUUGGUUUUUGUUAUUCAUUGUCUAUUAUCUGUUGUUCUACCAUCAGUAACCCUGUCUUUCAGUUGAUUCUAUUUUUGUAAACCAUUUCACAACACUAUUUAAUUGAAGUAGAAUUUAUUUUUAUCAUUGUUAUAUCCAAGAUUAUUUCGCAACAAGAUUUACACGUGUGGCCUUCAGCCGAUAGACUCGUAUCAACAAAGGACAUAUCAUUUGAUAGAACUUGACUCAACACAUUUUCCCAUUAAAUUAUAUAUUAAAACUAAAGAAAGGUUUGGUAAUAUAUGCUGUCGCUCGAUUGAAAGAGGACUCUGCAUAGUUCGGUUUGCACAACCGAAUGUGCAUGCGCUUCGCUGGACAGAAUUUCGGUUAAGGAAUCGAUUUUUCUUAAUGUAUGCUUUCACUUUCAAUGAAUGAACUAUUUGGUGAUAUGGUUUCGAAUAUGAAGUACACAAUGUGUCCAACACAAAUAUACAACGAGCGGGUUAAACGCCAAUAUUGAGGAAUCGUUUAAUCUGCGCGGCGAUAUGAAGCCGAGGAGCCCUAUUACCGAGAUGACGUUAAAAGCUCCUUCAAUUCGAAGCGCAGCAACAAUCAUUGCAAUAGAGACACUGUCUUGCAGGAUCUCCAUACAUCAUACAUGUGCAUUUGUCUUGAAGGCCUCGUGUUCAUUAAAGACUUCGGAAUUAUUUUCUCCGUCAAGAAAAUUUAUAAAAUUUUAAAAUAGAAAUUUUGCAUAAAUGUCCGUGUUUGGUCUUAUACCAAUUAUUUUCCCCCAAAAAGUUGAAUUGUAAAUUCCGAGAAAAAUUACAAUGCUUUUAGUUCCAUUUUGCAAAAUGCUGUCCGAUCAUAAAACGAAUAAUCUACGAUUGUAAGUAUUAGCGUAUUUAGUAGGUCAUUAUCAUAUCUCUUACUAUAACAGCCUUAAAGUGAUUCCAGGACUUUGAGGAUCAUACGUGUAAAUCUUGUUUUUCAUGAUAGUAUAUUUUGAACAAAACGUACCUACCGCUGCAUGUCCUUGGUGUAUAAUUUUAAGUUUUUCCCCUAAAAUAGAUUCUGAUGCAUUUAAAAUCUAUUCUUAAAUUUUUUCUUUCCUUAUUUUGGCUUAGUAUACGCCUCGGCUUCAGUUGGCUCAUAGAGUGAAAUUCAGUUAAGGUGUAUCGUAAUGUAUAGGCAAAUUCGCGCAUACGUGUAGUUGACGGGGUAAAGUUUGUUUAAUGAUUUUUGUAAAUAUACAGAAAUCAAUCAUCGUUCUGAUUAUCUUCGUGAAUGUAAAUUUUACAAAUAUAAUCUGGUAAAUGUUUCAUGUGUGAACUAUUUUUUUAUUUACUACUGAACAGCUGCUGUGUUUCAUACAGGCUAAAAAAUUACCCUAAAAACUAUUGUUAGAAAACCUCCACACUUAAGUCCAUUAAGAAUUAAUUUGGCACUCAUAACAUGAGAGGAGUACUUUUAGGGCAAUGCAAAUCAGGAAUUUCCUCCCUAAAUCUCUAGAAUGGUCACAAUUUUUUAAUAGGUUUAUGCCCUUAAUUUCUUCAGUUUCACUGUCGAAAA